AUUCCGAUGCCUUUCGGCGAAGUUGUCUGCGGCUCACCUGGCAGUGGAAAGUCAACAUACUGUCAUGGAAAACACCAGCUCUUCACGGCUCUCAACCGACCCAUCUCAAUUGUAAACCUCGACCCUGCCAAUGAAAACAUUCCAUAUCCAUGUGCAAUCGACCUAGCCUCUCUCAUCAAGCUGGAGGAUGUUAUGAACGAGUUUGGUCUGGGCCCGAACGGCGGAAUGCUCUACUGCAUGGAAUACCUCGAGGCAAACUACGACUGGCUCGAGGACCGAUUGAAGGAACUCGACAAGGAGGAUUACAUCCUGUUUGACCUCCCGGGUCAGGUUGAACUCAGCACGAACCAUCCCAGUGUCAAAAACAUCAUACGCAAGCUGACCAAGAGUGGUUUCCGGUUAGCCACCGUGCAUCUUUGCGACGCACACUAUGUCACGGACGCGGCCAAGUACGUGUCUGUCCUCAUGUUGUCCCUUCGCGCCAUGCUCCACCUCGAAUUGCCCCACGUCAACGUCCUUUCCAAGGUCGACCUGAUCACGCAGUACGGCGACCUAGACUUCAACCUUGAUUUCUAUACCGAAGUUCAGGACCUGUCGCACCUUGAGAACCUCCUCAAUCAGCAGUCUCCGCGGUUUGCCGCGCUGAGCGUGCAAAUAUGUUCGCUGGUAGAGGACUUUGGCCUCGUGGGGUUUGAGACCCUUGCCGUGGAGGACAAGGAAUCCAUGCUGAACCUUACGCGCGUCAUCGACAAGGCGACGGGAUGCGUUUUCGUGCCGCCUCCCACUACGCAGCAGCCCCCAGAUACCGUCGACGCAUCACGUCUGCCCGCUGCCCAGCGCCCUAAUGCGUACUCGCUCAUGUCGUCCGCGGCGGGCCAGAUGCGGGGACCACGCUCGGACGUGAGGGACGUGCAAGAACGCUGGAUAGAUGCGAAAGACGAGUACGAUGUGUGGGAGAAGGCGCAGUGGCGAAAGGAGGGUUUGAAGGUGCAGGAAGAGGCGGCGAGGCAGAAGGCAAAGAUCAGGCAGCGGACGCCAGGGGCGAAAACGCCACAGGAAAAGAAGUUGUGAGCGGCGUAUCUCUCUUGUAUCAUGAUACGUAACCAGUGUAUAGUAGCC